AAUAUAAGUAAAAGUAAAUUUACUAUAUAUAAUAAUAUAAUUUACUAUUUAUUAACUAAAAAUAAGCGGGUAAUAAGAAAUAUAUUAAUAUUAGAAAUUUAUAAUAUAGUUAACGGUAUUAACUUUACUUAUAUAAUUUUAAUAAUACUAAAAAGGAUUACUAAUUAA